AUGUCAUCGCUCGAAAAUGUUAAAUCACCAUCGGAACAAAAUAAUAAUUUCGGUCAACGAAAAGGACGAAGUUCAACUCCCAAACAUGAACAACAUAAGGAAAUGGACAAGAAAUCUAAAUGGUAUGACGAUCCUUUGCUGCAGGCCACCGAUCCUAUGCGGGCAGCGGCAACAACACAAUCCUCAUUAUGCACAGCUGUUUGGAUGGGACUAGUUGGCAUUGUGAUUUUGCCUAUUACUUUGGUAGUGCUUAUUUUGUUUCUUCUUCUAUGGAUUCUUCCAGGAUUUGGUUCGUCUUAUGAGCGAUAUGCUGAAGCUCGGGAUCGAAAGAAGUACUAUCCACCAGAAGACGAAAUGAAACCGUGGGGUCCAGAGAAUAAGCUCAUACACGUGGUGCAUCUCCGUGCACCGGAGUCGAAGCUCCCACCAAUUAUCUACGUCAGUGGUCUGGGUGCCAGUAUGAACGUUGUCAAACCUCUGCUUCUCAAAUUCGCCCAGUACAUAGACGAGCCUAUUGAAAUUUUUUCAUUUGACUCGCCAGGAUACGGUGCUUCUGCGCCUCCUGUUGAUUGGACCACAGAAAGUGCAGAUACUGAAAUCUCGUUGCUACGACGAGUUGUAUGCGAAAAAUUGGUGCUUCGCAAACCAUUUGUUCUUUUCGGUGCAUCGGCUGGGGCUUCACUGGCGCAGCUCUAUCGAUUGCAAUAUCCGGAAGAUGUGGCAGGCAUUAUUCUGUUUGAUCCAACACCGUCCAACGUGUUCGAAGAUGGUAGCCCGAUGUCUGUCGAUUUCAAUGGCGCAUUUUCUCUAUAUAGAAAAAUGGCUCGCGCAGCCUCGUGGGGACUGAUGAGACCACUUGCACCGCUGAUCCGUUAUUGUAUACCUGGUGAAUUCGGUGACAUCUUUCGUCUUCUGCCCCAUGGUCAUGUUGCUCUCUUCAUGACGCAGACUAUGCUACGCAAGACCGGGAAUCAUUUUCUCUACUGGCGAACCAUCAUGGAUCGUGUAUCAAAGUUAGAGAUUGACCUUAGUAGUGCCUCAAAUGCUGUCACCAUCCGCAGAAGCACACCUUUGUUAGUCGUAAGCGCACAGAAUUGGAUCAAGAAACGACCACACGGUAGUCUCACCAGAGAAGAAAUGCGCCACUGGUGGAAUGAUAAUCAACAGCCUUUCGUUCGAAGUUCCGAUAACGCUGGUUUUGUUGCUCGAACGGAUCACACUCAUGCGCAGUGCAUGUUGGAUAUGAAACUAGCAGCCAACGCCACAAAAGCUAUUUUGGCACAGAUCAAUAGCAAGUUUGUCAGGUGA